AUGGAGGAGAUGAAGAAGGAGAGGGUGCAGGAGGUGGAGCUCCUGAUGGUGAGGCUGAGUGUGGCACAGGAACAGUGUGAGGAGAUGAAGGAGGAGGUGCAGAAGAAGGAGUGCAACCUGGAGCAUCAGAUGAGCGCUGUGAGGGAGAGGGAGCAGGAGGUGGAGGAGCUGAAGGAGCAUCUAAAGCUGGUGGAGGAGCAGGAAGUUGAAGGAGUAUGGGAGGUCCAGGAGGUGACGGCGAAACUGAAGCAGACGGAGGAGAGGGAGGAGCAGCUGGAGGAGCUGCUGAGAGAAACCUGUGCUCUCCUGGAGAAAGAGAGGAGUGAGGGAGGAGACAAAGACGAGAACAUCUCCCUACUGACCAGGGAGCUGCAGGAGGCGCAGGCCGAGAGUGAGGAGGUGAGGAGGAGAGUUCUGCAGAAUGAGGAGGACAACAACAGGCUGAAGGAGGAGGUGAAGGAGUGGCAGGAAAAUGUGGAGCUCGGCACAAGAGAAGGGACCAAGCUCAGUCGCCUCCUGAAGGAGCGGGAGGAGGAGGUGCAACAGCUGAAAGACUUGUUAGAGAGAGAGGAGGAGAAGAGGCAGGAGGCGGAGGAGCUGAGGAGAAUGGAGGAGGACAGAAGGAAGAUGCUCGACGUCAAAGUGAUGGAGGUGAAGGAGCAAAAUGGAAGGCUGGAGGAGAAAGUGAGGGAGGUGCAGGAGGAGCUGGAGGAAGAGAGGGAGGUGCUGAAGUGGAAGGAGGAGGAGAAGAGGAGGCUGGAGGAAAAACUGAAAGCUUUUGAAGAGGAGAGAAAAGGAGAGGAGGAGGAGCUUAGAAGGAUGAGGGAGGAGAAGAGUAGGCUGGAGAGUGAGCUGAGACAGAAGGUCAAAGAAAUGGUGGCACAGAAGGAGGUGCUGAGGAGCAAAGAGGAGGAGGAGAGGAAACUAGAAGAUGAACUGAGGAAGGCCAAGGAGGAGCGAGAAGAGUUAGUGAUUAGCCAAAGGGAGCAGCACCUCCUGGGGGAGGAGAGAGGGAGGGCCAGGGAGAGAGAGCAGGAAGAGGAGAAGGUGGGCCUCCUGGUGGAGCAGAGGAGGAGAGAGCAGCAGCUGAAAUUGCUGAGGGAGGAGCUACAAAGAGAGAGAGAUGAGGAGGAGCAGAGGAGAGAGCGGGAGGUGACGUCUCUGAGGGAGGAGCUACAGAGAGAGAGGGAUGAGGUACAGGAGGAGCAAAAGUGGAGAGAGCAGGAGGUGACAUCUCUGAGGGAGGAGCUACAGAGAGAGAGGGAUGAGGUACAGGAGGAGCAGAGGAGAGAUGAGGUAACAAAGGAAACAACAGCUAAGAUCCAGGAGAAGCUGAAGAGGACUGAGGAGGAGGUGACCAAUCUUAAGCAGGAGGUACAGAUGAAGCAAACAAGGAGGGAUGAGGUUCAGCUGGAGUUGAAAAUGGAGGUGUCUGCUCUCAGAGAGGAGGUACAGAAGGAACAAAGGGAGAAGGAGGUGCAGGAACAGCUGGAGAUAAUCAAGGAGGAGGUCACAGUAAUUACAGAGGAGGUGUACAAGGAACAAAGGGAGAAGGAGCAGAUGCAGGAGGAGCUAGUGAAGAUAAAGGAGGAGGAUCUGAGAGGAGAGGAGCAGAGUGAGGAGGUGCAGGAGGAGCAGCGGAGUGUUCUGCAGAGUCAGGAGAGCCACGCAGAGGAGGAGUGUCUGAGGAGUGUUCUGAAGGAGGAGGUGGAGGUCAGAAGGGAGAACCAGAGGAUUCCGAGAGAGGAGGUGCUGCGACAGAGAGGAGAAGUGGACGAGGAGAAAACAGAGGAGGCAAGAAUGGAGGCUGAGGAGCGGUGGAGGAGCAGAGUGAAGAGGAUGGAGGAGGAGCAGGAGGUGAAGUUGAGAGCUCUGCUGGGAGAAAACCAGAUGCUGAAGGAGAUGAGGAGUGAAGGAGAGAAGGAGGUGAGGAGGGAUGUGAUGGAGAGCAGGGAGGAGAUCAGAGUCACGGCGCCCAUGUUAGAGGAGCAGAAAACACAGGUGUUCUGUGUGCAGGAGGAGAACGAGGAGCUGAGGAGGCAGGUGUACACUCUCACUCAGAGGACAGAGGAACUGGAAGGCGACAGGAAUCGUGUUCGAUUGGCUCUGGAGAGAACUGAGGCCAUUAUAGUCGGCUACGAGGGGAGAACCAACCAAUGGGAGCGGAGCACAGGGGCGGAGUCUAAUCCAGACCUGCAUGUGUCAGACAGACUGACGUCUCUUCAUCAUCACGUUGCUGAACUGGAGCUGGAGAAAACACAACAGAGCAAGAAAAUCUCACAUCUGGAAAAUCAGAGAGAGAAACUGAAGAGAGAGAGGAAGACACUGAGAGACACACUGAGAGAGGUGGAGAAGGAGCGUCUGAGGCUGAGGCAGCAGAUGAUGGACAGCUGCAGAUCUCAGGUGUUGACAGACACCACAGAAGAAGAACACCUGAGGAGGAGAGUGAUGGAGCUGGAGGACCAGGUCAGUCAGCUGCAUCUCUUAUUGGCCGUGGACCAGCCUCAGAGGGCGGAGUUUAUCCACAAGUUCCUCGGGAACAGCGAGUGGCUGCUCUCGCUGCGACACGAGCUCAGGGAUUCGCUGGCCGUCGUCACUCACCGUCCAAUCGCGUCAGUCCUGGAGUCGGAGGCGGAGCGAUUGGACCGCAGCCUGAGGGAGGAGGAGCUAAGGAUGACCCUCAGCAAAUAAUAACACCUUAAGACGUCGUCGUCCACAGAAUAUUAACAAACCAGGUACGACCUGUUUACAGCGACGCGGUGUCGAACUCACAACCUCGCCCUCAGCAGCCAUUGUCUCAAUACCUUCUCCAGAGGAACCAGUGAAGGUUGCAUGACCUACAACCACUUCACUUCCUGGUUCAGGACCUGUCCCAUGAAUGAAAAACCCAGUGAGGUGAGACUGAGGAGAUGAGAGGGUGAGGACAACUGUGAGUGAGGACUUCAACCAGUAGAGGGCAGCGUUGCACCUCUGAGUGAGAUCGAGCAGAGGUUCCAUCAGAAUCAGAAUAGCCUUUAUUGUCGUUAUUUUGUGGACAACGAAAUUUGGGAUCCAUGAUCUCCAUCACUGAGAACCUGGACCCUCCAGGGUCAGGAUGAGACUGAAUGUGAUGGAGCAGGUAAUGCAGGAGUUUUCUUACUCCAGCAGGUGGCAGUAAUGAGACAUCAUGUUUGUUUUAAAUUAUAUUUUUAUAAAAGUGAUAACGUUAAAUGUUUUUUUGAAGCUCAUGAGAUACAAAAGUCUCUGUGUUAAACAACAAAACUCUGAAAAAAAUCACAACAGAAGGGUUUAUUUUUAUAUAUUUUGUUUAU